AUGGCGGCUACCAGGAUGAUGGAGAGUCUGAAGAAUCUGAAGAUGAUGAUGACGAGGACGCAGCUGGUUGAGUCUCAUGAGUCACGUGCGCUCGGCAAUGAGGAUGAUGAACCCAUGCUCCCCUCUGAGCUGCCAGAUGGCACCCCGCUGCCCGCCUCAUCAUCCUCGCCGCCGCCAGGGCCACCCGAGCCUCCUGGGCCGCCCGGGCUGCCGCCGCUGCCCCCCGGGCCGCCGCCCUUGACGUCCUUGCCGCCGAUGCCACCAGGAACCCCAUCAAUUUGGCUCGAAAAUAUCCAUGCGGAUGAUUUCGCAGCCAUUUUGGCCCCCGGAUUGGCCGCGGCGAUGGAGCCUGGAGCGUUGCUGCAGGGUUUUCGCCUGGGAUCUGUGGUGGAGGUUGAUGGUGCGCCAGAGCUGAACGAUCGAAUCGGGCAGCUGGUGUCCUUCUCUGAGAAGGAGGAUACCUUUAGCGUGGCCUUGAUCAAUGGCUCCACACGGCAGGUGAAGGCUUCGCAGUUGCGCUCGGCCAACCAUAGCUUCGAUGUCUUGGUGGGACCAAGGCACAACCAAGAUUUCUUGGCCGAGGAGGUGGCCAGUUGCCUGCUGGAGAAGGGCUUCUGCGUGAUGAAGCUCUGUCAAUCUCAGCAGGAUGUGGAAGCUGCCGUGACGUCGCUACAGAAACUGGCGGAGACCGGUCGAUUAGAAAGACUACCAGAGGAGGUGGAGGAAGGCUAUUUGGGCGAAGGGGCCCGCGCGCGGAUGCUCUGGAUGGAUGAACGACCCAACACACCGCAGGACCAAAUCCUGAAAGAUAGUGAUGAGUUCAUCUCAACGAUGGCCGUUCUUUUGCAGCCAUACUGUGAAGAUGCGCUGGGCAAGACGGUGGAUGCCCGAACGGUUGGGCUCCUAAGCCUGUCCUUAGCGCCUUCGGAAGAUUUGGCCCCGAUGCCCACGGAUGACUAUUUGUUGGCGAGUUUUUACAACACCUGGCGGCGCAGCCAGUUGAAAAUGAUGCAUUUCUUUGGGCCCGGAGUGGCCAAAGUCACCUUAACUUCGGAGGAUGAGGGUGCAGCCCCUGUGCAGAUUGAGGCCUCUGCCAAUAGCGUCGUGAUUUUCCGACCCACCAUCUAUACCCUGGGCUGCCGUAGCGAGCAAGAGACGAUGAUUCUGUCUGCGGAUCUGUUGGAACAUAUGGAUUCGUUGUUUCUGACGGGCAACGAAAUCGGUGACUUGGACUGGCUCCGAUGUAUCGAAGGUCCGCCGGGCCCUGUGGGCGGCACCCCGAUCAACGUGGUGAACCUCUCCAGUCGCCUCAUGGCACGCUGGGAUGAACCUGAAGCGUAUCGAGCUGGGCUCAGCGCGUGUACAGAUAGUGGAGUGGAGAUUCCGUUCACUCGAUGGGAUUUGGACCAGUACUACUGCGAAAACCUGGACGACGCCAAACCUUUUCAGACCAUCGUGAAACAUCAGUCGUAUGUCGAGGGAAUUGAGCUCUUCGACUUCAAAUACUUUCAGAUUCCGCUGAACGAGGCGCGGGGGAUGGAUCCCAUGCAGAGGCACGUCUUGGAAGUCGGUGCACAGAACCUCUUCAAGAUGGGCAUCACCAAAGAUAUUGCCAGUCGGAAGCCUCACCACGCUGGGGUUUCCGUUGGCCUCGAUAAGGAUGAUUUUGAUUUCGUGCCGAAGCCUCCAGACAUGGUGGGAAGUGCCAACGUGCAAGCCAUCAUUGCGAAUCGUUUCAGCUUUAUCUUCAACUUAAAGGGACCCAAUUAUGUGGCGGACACGGCGUGCUCUGCGUCCUUGACUGCUACCCAUUUGGCCAAGUUUAUGCUGCGAGAUCAGACGAUUGACAAAAUCGAGUUUCAUGUGGCUUUGGGGAUUCACCAGUGUUUGUCUCCCCACGCCUUCGUUGGCUCGUCGCAGAAUCAUAUGAUUUCCAUGCGCUGUCGCACCUUCAACGCCACUGCUGGGGGCUACAUGCGCGGAGACGGCUGCUCUGGAUUGACCCUGAAGCCCGGUGACCUGCCCGAGGAGCGCGACGCCAUCUGGCGCGGCUCCAUGGUGGGACAGAACGGCAAAUCGGCCACGUUGACGGCGCCCAACGGCAUCGCGCAGGAGGACGUGAUUUGGAAGGCUAUCCGUGAGGCCAAAAUUUCGCCCACCGAAAGCUGCGUUUGGAGCUGCCAUGGCACUGGCACCUCUCUGGGAGAUCCCAUUGAGGUAGGUGCUGUGCGAAAAGUUCAGGCGAAGGAACCACGUGAUACCACUCUGUUGGUGGUGACGAACAAGUCACAAACGGGUCAUCUGGAAGGAGGAGCUGCCAUGACUUCCCUCAUUGCAGCGGUCUUUCAGGUGAAGUCUUCCUUAGCCAUCCCCUGCUGUCACCUCCGACAGCUGAAUCCUCACUUGGACCAGACAGGAUUCAAUGCAGUAUUCAACAGCGAGUUGAACUACUACAACUACUCCCAGGGCAUUGUCCAUGUGAGUUCCUUUGGCUUCGGCGGCACCAACGCACACGCCAUCUUUUGGGGCGAGGACGUGUACCACGCCCCCAGCAACGCCGAGCUUUUCCAGAAGCGUCUGCGCCAGAUGUCGCCGCCCGAGGUGCGAAUCAAUGGCAGCGAUCCAGCGCUGUGGGAUUGGGAUGGCCCAGACACCUUGAUCCUGCCGGGUGACAAGUACUCCAUCGAAAUGAAUCCCGACGAGCCAGCCAAUGCGCCGCAGAGAUGGUUUAAGGAGGAUACCGGAGGAGAGCCGGAUGAUGGGGAAGAGGACUUCUAUUGUAUUUCUGGAGCUUUUAAUGACUUUGCCUAUGAGUCAAUGGAGGACGGACCAGUGACUGGUUUGCGAACGAUCACAGUGAAAGUGCCCGCUAGUGGGCAAGUGGAAUUUCGCAUCUUCAAGAACUGGAAUGAGAAUGGCUCCAACCAGGUCAUCUAUCCUGGCGCAGAUAAGUGUACCAGAAAGCUCCAGGUGAUCUAUGGUCCAUUGAGCGAAGAUCAGGCGCCCAAGAAUAGCUGGCUAGCUGAGGGUAUUCCAAAUUCCUUCCUGAAGAUCGAUUUCUUCUGCUGCCGAGGGAUUAAGAGCAUUAACUGGAUGGAAGCGCCACCCGAAGCCAUCAUGUGA